UCCUUCUUGGUGCUCUACUGUAAAUCACAUUCCUGGUCUCUGGUGCGCCUUUACGCACAACGACACGAUGCGCGUCUGGACGUCUCUGCGCGCUCUGCUGACCUCGCUCUGCUUCUUUCUGCUCUGUUCGGGCUGUUCGGCAUCGACUUUCCAUGUGACGCUGCUUCACACCAACGACAACCAUGCCCGGAUCGAGGAGACCAGCGUGGAUUCUGGGAAGUGUCCGAAAGGGCAGCCUUGCUUCGCUGGAGUCGCCAGGAGGUUCACCAAAGUGUCCGAGAUCCGCAGAAAGGAGAAGAACGUGUUGUUUCUGGAUGCUGGAGACCAGUUUCAAGGAAGUGUCUGGUUCAACUUCUACAAAGGCGCGGAAGCAGCGCAUUUCAUGAACAAACUCGGUUAUGAUGCUAUGGCUUUUGGAAACCAUGAGUUUGACAAUGGAGUGGAGGGUCUGAUCAAACCCUUCCUCCAAAAUGUAAAUUGCUCUGUGGUGAGUGCCAACAUAAAACCUGACCAGACUCUGGCUGCAAAACUCAGCGGCUACUACCAGCCCUACACAAUCCUAGAUGUGGGCUCAGAGAAAGUGGCUGUGGUCGGCUACACAACUGCAGAGACCCCAUUCCUAUCCAUGCCAGGUCAACACCUGACAUUUGAGGAUGAGGUGGAGGCGCUUCAGAUUCAGGUUGAUAAACUGGAAACGUUGGGCUAUAAUAAGAUCAUCGCCCUGGGCCACUCUGGCUUUGACGUGGAUAAAGACAUCGCCAAGCGCGUGAGAGGGGUUGACGUAGUUAUUGGAGGACACACCAACACAUUCCUCUAUACUGGAACCGCCCCAUCCACUGAAGUGCCAGCAGGUCCGUACCCUUUCACGGUGAGGUCUGACGAUGGGAGGAACGUGCCGGUGGUCCAGGCCUUUGCUUUUGGGAAGUACCUCGGAUACUUGCAAGUCACAUUUGACGAGGCUGGGAAUGUGGUCAAAGCUGUUGGAAACCCUAUCCUAAUGGACAGCAGCAUACCUCAAGACCCAGGUGUCCUGGCUGACAUUGAGGAGUGGAAGAAAGACUUAGCUCACUAUUCCUCUCAGUAUGUAGGACAGACUCUGGUCUACCUCAAUGGGACGUUUGAAGAGUGUCGAUUUCGGGAGUGUAACCUUGGAAACCUGAUCUGUGAUGCUAUGAUUUAUCACAAUACAAAGUAUUCAAGUGAUCUGCGGUGGAAUCAUGUGGGCAUAUGUAUGCUGAACAGUGGAUCUAUACGGACAGCUAUAGACGAGCGCUACAAAAAUGGUUCUAUAACUAUGGAGGAGAUCCUCACCGUCUUACCAUUUGGAGGAACCAUGGACUUGGUCCAGAUGAAGGGAUCGACAGUGAAAAAGGCAUUUGAACACUCCAUUCACAGAUAUGGAGGCAUGUCUGGAGAGUUUCUUCAAGUCUCAGGCAUUCGCGUUCAGUAUGACCUCUCCAAACCAGCGUACCAGCGCGUGGCGUCUGUGUCCAUGCUCUGCACUGAGUGCCGUGUGCCCAAGUACGAACCGUUAGACCCGGAGAAGAAGUACACUGUGGUCAUGACUUCGUACAUGGUGGGCGGAGGAGAUGGCUUUACCAUGAUCAAGGAGGAGUUACUGAAGCAUAACACAGGUGACAUGGACAUUUCUGUUUUUUCCAAAUACGUCUCGGACAUGAAGCGCGUGUACCCUGCAGUGGAGGGCCGGAUCACGUUCAGGAACUCGGCUGUCUUUACAGCCCACAGCGUUGGUUUGUUGCUGUUGGGUUUAUGUCUGUCCCUGACACUCUGAUGGGCUUUCUGUAAACUGUGAUAAACUGAAGGGCAGCUUGUAAACUCCUCUGGGACACUUGGUUGACUGCCUUUCCAUCUCGCUGCCUUCAAGGAUAACUAGAAGACAACAGGAUUGCAGGUUCAGGCUCAGGGUAGAUUCAGUCAGUCAGUGAUUAUAAGGACUGGGGACAACGGGAGUCCUGUAUUGUAUACAUUGUUCACACGUGUGCACACAACUUAAAGAACUUUAGUAUGAAAAUGGUAAAUAUGUAUUGGAUGUUACUAAUAUUGACUCAAAAGUGCAUGUAAGUAAUUUUUAGUAUGAAUGUAUUUUUUCUUGCCACUUUAAAGGAACUGAAGUGUUCUGAAUGUCUAAAAGACGAUGCUUAAAAGCAUGAAAGAGCCCAAAGACUGCAAGGCAGCGUCCGACUUCUUAUAGUGAGAUAAUGAACAGAGGGAAAGCUGCUUUAUCUCUGCCUUCCCUCACUGAAUAGAAAUGGAUGGAAAGAAGCCAAAGCUUCAAAGUAUUUAUGCACCUGAAUGUGCCUAUAAGUAUUGUUUGAUGUAUUCUCCAGUUUUGUAGACCGUCUUCCCUCUUAAACUUGGGUCCAUUUUAGUGACUGCUCAUCAAAUCUGAUUUUUAUAAAGAAUUAUUUGAAUAUGUCCAUCAUCAUGUACAACAAAUGUAUUGCUACAGCAGAUAUAUUGUAGAUAUGAUCUACAUACAAGUCAGUUUUUUGUUUGUUCUCAUGACAAUUAUCAUUUUGAGCCUCUCUGCACUAUUUGACAUUCAGAGUAAAAACACAAAGCUGAUGGAACCAAAUACUUUUGUUCAAAAUCUAUUGAACGCUGCAGUUCUUCUGUUUUUGUCAUCGUAUCCGAUUGCAUCCUUUGUUCACGCCAACGUUAUCUUUUUAAAAGUACUUUUAUAAACUUGUUAGAAUAAAUUGAAAAUGGAAAUGAAGGCACUUUCUCAGGUAUUUCUUCUUUUUAUUUUUACGCAUAAAAAAAAACGUGAAAAUAAUUCAUCAAAAUUAGUCAUGAAUUUUAUAUAUAACUAAUAGUCCUGCUGUUAAUGAUUGUUUCUAUUAUUCAUUAAAUCUUAGUUGACAAAGAGUAUAAAAUUAGUUUUAAUUAUUAUGUAUUAAAUUAUGUUUUUUAAUUAUUUUAAGUAACAAUUUACAAAAAAAGGUCCCUCAGGAAUAUGAUUCAGUUGUUCUUUUUAGUUUAUAAAACUUCAAGUUACCAAGCCUGAAGUGUUGUUCAUUUAACAAAUUGUUGACUUGCAUUGCCAUUUUAAAUGAAAAAUAGUACAUUUACUUUACAUAAAAUUCCUACUGCUUGCAUUGCUUGACAACACGCAGCUGCUCGGCAAACAGCCGCUAGGAAGAAGGGGUACGUUUUCGGCUAUCAAUUUUCAAAUACUGAUAAAAGCGAAGCAGUUUGAUUUGAACGUCCACAUCUUGAAGAUAUCACUCAUCAACCCCAAUCACUCAAAAAUGUAACAUAAUCAAUUGGAGGCGUAAUAGAUUAUCGACUACAUGUGCAGCAUAUGAUUUUUUCCUUCUUUUCAAACUUAAAAUCAGUAACAAUUAAAAAACAUUUUGACUGGACUUGUCUGCAUUUAAAAUGAGUUUUCCCAUUUGAAUCUGUAAAACUGAUUGCAGAGUGACUUUUGAAGCUAGAGGUGUUACAGGAUAUAAUGUUUGGUGAUCGUUUUAUGGCAGUUCACAUCUGUGGUAAUACCACAGUGUGAGUAGUGCAGUAUCACAGUGUGACAUAGUAUUAACAAUAAAGUUUUACUACAAUCAACUGCAGCUGUCGAACAGAUGCACACCUUUACACUGUUGGCAUUUAUAGUUAAGACUAAAUACACUUCUAUCAUUUAGUCAUAUAAUUUAUUUUGUAAUGUAAAUGACACAUACAGCAGGAGGGGCCACGUGUUUCCUCUUCUUGUUGGGGCAUGUAUCCAGGUCAGAUACUGUACAUGUGAUCAACAUGUUUCAGGUAACUGAACCAACAUGAGUCUCUGCAGGUGUUUCGGCUUAGUUUAAUGCCUAGAAAGCAUGUCAGCUCAUGUCCAUUGAAAUGUUCAGUUUACAUCCACGGAGCCAUCAUAGAGGUCUCCUUCUGUACCUGCUGAGGAAACAGAAACACAGCGUUAGCACUAAAAUAGACGUUCUUUGUGGUCAAAUACAGUGAUUUAAAUAUUUAACUUUAUGCCAUGAUACGGUAUCUCUGCAUUUACUUUUAGUGAUUUGUCAUUUGUCAGACAUCAUCAUACAGUCAAAGAUUUCCCUUAAUACCAGGUGUAAUAAUGACCUUUACAGAUAUGAUAUAGACUAAUAAAUAUUUGUUUUUGUUAAAUAUAUGUUCAGAUUCCCCCCACAACCCUGCAAAGAAUAAGCCGGUAUAGAAAAUGGAUGGAUCGAUGUCCACACUCUAUGUUUCUUUAGAAACCAAUGCUAGCAUCUGUUUACCUUGUUCAACUCAGGGAAAAGUUCUUGAAUGGCGAUGUCCAACAGCACAUAUGUCAGCUGAGGAAGGCAAAAAGGAGGAAGAGGAUGAAAAGGAUUAAAGCCACACAGUGAUCUUUAAAUACAAACAGCAAACUAGGCGACUAAGAAUUUACAUAGUUGAAUCUGAUUGGUCAAGUCUUGCAUAUCGUCAACUGAUCAUCGAAUCAUGUUUUGUUUUUGCUCAUUGAUCCCCCUCCCUGUUUAAGUUGUAUUUAUCCAUAGAAAAAUAGUAAAAACAACAAAACUAUUGUCUGAGAUA